GUAUUGCUUGGAGCUUAGGUUCGGUCGUAUAUGUACGUACGUUCGUCGUAACCAUUCAAUUUUCCAAACAACCCCAACAAUGUGAGUCGAUUUUUGUGCAUCAACAUCGUACCACGUUUUCGCUGUGGUUGAAGCGAUAGAGAGAGAAAGCAACAGCAAAAAAAAAUGUGUGUUCAGUGUGGAACGCGCGCGUUGUCACACAGUCAAAGGCAGCGCUUUCGUGAAAACUAACUAUUUCGUUUUGAGCACGCCAACCAAAAGCGAAUUGACUUGGACAAAAGGAUCAGUUCUUUCAACAGCAGCGGUUCUAGUAAACGCAUCGAUCCGUUCGUUCUUCAGAUGUUUCGUAAAAAUGUAGAGCGGCCAAUUAUUAAACAUGCAAACGAUAAUUGAUGGCAAAUAGAAAUAGGAGAGUUGAAAGUAACGAACAAGAAAACAAAAAAUGAAAUAAAAACAAUCUCAAAUGAUGAUGUAGAAAAAACAUGUAACACAUAAAUCCAAAUUCUAAAUAUAAAAACGUCGAACGAAAGUAAGUCCAGAUUGAAAAUAUUUUUAAACUUGUUGUAAGUGUAGUUGAAACAUCGUCAUCGUCGUCGUCGUUGUUGUUGUUUUUUCCCUCUCAUUCUCAGUGUGUAAGAAGUGAAAUUGAAACAGUAAAAAAUAUAUAUGGUAAAUGUAAGAACGAAACGAAAGUGUGGAGAAAAUGAAUUUCAGUUUGUUGGUGUUUGUGCUCACUGCGUUUGUGUUAAAUGCAUGCUGUGGCUUAAGUGGUGACCCAGCACCCGGACGCUCACCGGGACCACCCGAAUUGAAGGCGACUACCAGCCAAUUGAGCAGUGACAUCACGACCAUAACAGCAGCCACAACACCACACAUUCAUGUAGCCGAUACGAAACAGCCCGACUCAUCCAAUGUCGAUACAACUGAUGAUGUUCAAAAUAAACGUCGAUUUAGCGAACAACAACCACCCCCACCAUCAUCAUCGUCACCACAAAUACCACCACUACCGCCGCCAUCAUCACCAAACGACUCUGUCGUAAAUAAUAGGCAUAGAGAACAUAUUAGGAAAUCGCAUGGAAGUUCAGCCGCCGCACAUCACAAGAUAAUCGAAAAACUAGAGAAAACCGCAUCAAAACCAGCAACAGCAUCUAGCAUCAAAGUCAUUAACAGCACUGAAGCAAAUUUAGAUAAAUUACCAAAUGAAUUCGUUAAAUUGCCGGAAAAUCUAUUUCGGUUAAACCAAAAGCCUUGUAAAAAUUUAAGCGUCGAUGAAUAUCUAAUAACGAAAGCACACACACGUAAAAUUGUCAACAUAGAUCAUUUGUUGAAAGCGAAUGCUACAUUCAACUUGGAUGCGCCAACGAAUAGUUCCAGCCAUUCGAAUCAUGUGCCCAUUUCGAUUGACGUCAAACACGACCUGUUCGAUGCGACCGAUGGACUCGUACGAAACGUUUUCUAUACAGUCCAUGUGACAUUGUCAAAAAACGAGAGUAUUACCGACUUUUAUGUGGAAGCCAGCAUCGAUGGAAUGCACAAAGGUGUAUUUAGAAGUGAUACACCAGUGAAUUGGCAUCGAAAGCAUAAGCAACAUCAUUCAAGCUAUAAUGGCGAUCACACGCAAGCCAAAGACGAGUUUAGUAAUCGCAAAGUGUUUGCCAAUCACUUCAAUGGCAACGAUGUAUCGAUGAUGGCAGCGACACCGUCAUUGUCAUCCUCGUCAUUAUCGUCAUCGUCGUCGUCGUCAACGGCGAAAAAAAUUCGCGUUGACGAAAGUGGCAUUGAAAUACCAAGCGUCAAUGUCGAACAGCAUAUGACAGCGCCAAUCCCAUCUAACAGCGUAUUAGCACUUAAUUUUAGCAUAGGAAGAAGAAACAAAAGAUGGAAAAUGAGCAACCACAUAACCGAUCACUGCACUCAAGAUUACUGGAGCGAAAACGUGAUUCCAGGCAGCCGAAUGACGCAAUUUACGAGGAGGUGGUCGUACAGCAAAGCUGAUUUGAUAAACAAGACUGUUAGUUUUAGACUUUUAUUUAGACGAAAAUUCAGUUUUGAUGUAUACGAAAUGACGGCAACGUUUAAUCUGAGAGAUGAUUGCAUAUUAUACAUGAAAGAUACAAUUGGAAAUGUGGAUUAUGCUGCACUACCCGAGCAACAAUACGAUAAAUGCGUAAUUUACUUUCCUUCGCGUGAGCCACUCACAAGCGAAUCACCGGGCCUACUGAUUGAAAUAAAACGACUGAAUAUUCCAUGCGAUAGUGGCAGUUAUAUCACGCUCAACGGUCAUGAUAAACUGUGCGGAAAACUUGAAGACAUCGCACCGAACGAACGUGUCUACUAUUUUCCGUUGCAGCAAAAUAUGAGCAUACAAUUUGAUCGGAAUCCAGUGUUUAGCUUGAAUUUCAAGCUUGUCGACUACUGUUAUAAUGUCACAAUGACGUCGCGUAAUAGUUCAUUUUUGCUCGAGCCACGCCAUGAAUUGGAAUGCUAUUUUCUUGUGCAUCUACCGUAUGGCAAUCAAAUUGAAUUGAAUUUAUUUCAAAAUUUCUAUACAAAAUCAACAUCUUCGCCGUCAAUGCACAAUGGCAGCGAGAUUGUGAUGAGACCGAAUCAGGCCAAAGAUAGCAGCAGCAUCGAUGACAUUGACUAUGAAUAUGUGGAUCUGAUGCUGUCACAGUAUGUGGAAAAUGUGAAUUUUUGCCCGGGCAUUGCGAUAAGCAUCAGCGAUGCAAACGAUGAAAAAUGGUCACACUGUAUAAAUGGCGACAGUCCAGCAAAAAAGUUUUCAUUCAAAUCGACGGGCAACUCAAUGCUCAUCCAUGUAACACGGAUAUUUUAUGAUGAUGACGGAGGCAAUGAUGGCGGUAGUGAAACCAGUGCUGAUAGCACUAGCAAACAAAAUAUUGUCGAUAGUUUAUAUGAUAGACCAUCAGUUUACAUAGAAUAUACAGCAAUACCCAUACCCGAAAUUGUGUCACAAUGUGCCUUUGGUUGGAUCGCUGUGAACCAAUUUUGUAUAUCGGCCGUCGAAAUGGCACUGCCAUGGAAAGAAGCAGAGAACCAUUGCAAAAGACUUGGCGGACAUUUGGCUUCGAUUAAAUCGGAACGAGAGCAAAAACUUAUCGAUACACUGCUCAUGAAUAGCGCAACAUUUCGAUCGAAUAUUGCUUAUUGGAUCGGUGCAUCGGAUGAAAUAUUUGAGGGUGAUUUUCGUUGGACGAAUGGCUUUCCGUAUACAUUUUCCAAUUGGUUUCCAGGCUGGUCGGAGCACAGCAGCUACAAUAAGCAACCAAAUGAUGACGGUUUGAGUGCACAGGAUUGCGUUGAGCUCCGUCGAUACUUUCGCAUCCCGCCGGCCAUCCAAGCAAAAUCAAAAAUUGUUCCGGUGACAUUGACCUACAUGUGGAACGAUCGUGAUUGCAAUGAGAAAAAUUUCUUCCUUUGCGAACGGCCACUGUCAGACGAACCAAUCGAAAAGUCAUGGUCAACCGACUGUAAUAAAACGGUGGUGUUAUCCCACAACCAUUUACGAGCUUCAAUAUGGAGCCCAGGCUUUCCGACACAUUAUCCAGACAAAACAAACUGCUUCACCGUCAUAAUCGCACCGAAAGGCUUCUACAUUGCCAUUGAAUUCGAGGAAUUCGUACUGGAAAAUGAACCACAAUGCUCAUACGAUUACCUGGAAAUCAUUGACUCACAUCCGAGUGAUCAUAGCUACACUGUGAACAGCAACGAUGGUAAUAAUGGCAGCGACAAGGUUAAUGGCAACGCAUUCAACGAUAAUGCCAGACAUUACGCACAACACACGCCGGAGAAUGUUCGACGACACAAUGAAAGCAAUUUCUUGAAAAAUGUGGAUAUUUUUGAGAAUUUUCUCAGUAUUUACAAAAGCCACCACAGUUAUUUGAUACAAACACCGGAAAUGGGCAUCAAUUUUGAUAAAUCGUUAAAUGUGAACGCGCCGCGUCGAAUAUGCGGUGAUUGGAAUUCAAAGGUGAAAUUACUUCGAUAUCGAAGCAGCGGACCCAUACUUGGAUUACAUUUUUCAUCGGAUUAUUCGCAUCACUUUGGCGGCUACAAAGCCAAAGUCGUUAUCAAAAAUGCCGCCUCAAAAUGCUCCGACGAUCGAUUAAAACCAUUCAAUGGUACUUGCUACUUGUUCGUUUCGUAUCCCGAAGUGGAUUGGUUUACUGCCCAACAAGUUUGUGCCGGGAUCCAUGGUGAAUUGGCAUCAAUAAGAACAGCCGAAGAGCAACGAUUCAUUACCACAAACAUUCGCAACGAAUUGGAUUAUUCACCGCAAACAAUUUAUUGGCUCGGCGGAAAAUUCGAGUCAAACAAGCAUUUAAAAUGGAAUGAUGGCUCGAACCUAACAUAUAAGGGAUGGAUUCAAGGUCAACGUCAUGCUGAGAAAACUUCAAAGGAGGCUUUGUGUCUCGGCUUGCAAUGGAAAGUAUCGAGCACACCAAUGCAGCCGUCGGGAUUAUUUUGGACUGCCGAUCAUUGUGCCACAAAAUUCGGUGGCUACGUGUGUAAGCGACGCAGUCAAGACAAUCUCGAAGUGAAUUUUGAAAAUGAAACCGUCACCGGCACCGAAGGACUUCUAACAUCACCAAACUAUCCGAAUUUGUAUCCAGCCAAUACGAACUACUAUGUGAAAUUGAUUGGACCGGAGAAAACGCGGUUGGUGUUGCAGUUCACAAAGAUUGAUCUGGAAGAACAGAACGAUUGUUUGUACGAUUACAUUAGCAUUGAGGAUGAUGAAAGCUAUGAGCAAAUGGUCGAAUCUGGAUUGACGGCCAAAUCAAUGGCAAUGCUCACGCCAGACAAUGAUCGCAACUACCUAUCCGAUGAAUAUUUGUUGGAUGCGGCAAGGGAUGCCGACGACUCUAGUGAAUACAAUGAGCGUAGGAAACGAAACUCCAGCAUUCAACCACGCAAACCAUCACUGUCUAAGCGAGUUGCAAUCGAACCGUCUUUUUUGCCGUAUGUUCGAUGGUGUGGAACGCAUGAAUCGAACAUGAGCCGUUUUGAUUUCAUCAGUGCGACCAAUACCGUUCUAAUAUACUUCCAUAGUGAUUAUUCCGUGUCGGGUUCGGGUUUUUCGAUGUCAUGGAAAGCAGUGAGCACGAGCGGUUGUCCAACGCAAACCUACACCGCCAGCGAUGACUUCAAUUCCAUUGAAUCGCCGAAUUUUCCGAACAUUUUACUCAAUCAUUUAGAUUGCAAGUACGUCAUUUAUGCAGCGAACAAUAAACGAAUUUGGCUUGAAUUUGAAUCGUUUGACCUGGUUCGCGAUGUCACUGUGGAAAUCGAUUUGGGCAAAGGCCCAUUUAUUCCAUUCCGAAAUGUACAACAGCUAAACGAUGGUGUGUUUGUAAGUUAUCAAAAUCGAGUUACGAUCCAUUUGCGAACUGGCGACAAGCCAAAAGGCACUGGCUUCAAUUUAGCAUAUAAAACGAUGGGGAUCAGAGAGGAGCGCAGUAUUAUACUACAGAAUAAAGCGAAUGGCAUUUUGAAUCAUUUAAAUUAUCCACAACCGCAACCAUCCAAUAUUGAUUUCACUCAGCAUAUUGUCGCUCCGCUGGGCGAAGUAAUUCUAUUAGAAGUGCACAAUGUCGGAAUUAGCGAAGCAGACUGUCACAUUGCAAACCGAAUUGAAAUUUACGAUAAUUAUGCUGACAUUAAUGGAUCAUUCUGGAAUCUGUGCAAACUGUCGACAUUAGAGGAUAAUUACAAAGGCGAUGCAAUCUUGUUACCAUCACCCAUUCACAUAACAUCGUAUCUCAACACAAUAAACAUACGACAAAAAACAACUGAUUCGAUUAAUCUCAAUCUAAAUGCAAGUGUUCGAGUGCAACCAGAUUUCAAUUACAAGUAUAAACUGGCAACGGGAAAUGAUGAGGUUGAGUCUUGUCAUCCGAACCCCUGUAUAAAUGGCAAAUGUAUAUCGAACGGAAAUGUGAACCGCUGCCAAUGCACCGGUCAUUUCACUGGACGGUUUUGUGCAUUGACGAUAUGCGAAAUGGAGCCAUGCAUUUUUGGAAAAUGCGAACUCACGCCGACCUCAUUCAAAUGUCACUGUCUGCAAGGCUACAUGGGUCAGACGUGCAAUCAAAAGCAGAAGCCAUGUAUGGAUAAUCCGUGCGAGAGUCGAGGUGAAUGCUUCGAAAAGAAUGGUAAAUGGCAGUGUCGAUGCCAUGCAUGGUGGGAAGGUACGCGAUGCGAACGACGUAUGAUGCACAUUCCAUAUAAACCGCUAUCGGAGCGAAUGCUUCAAGAGCCAUUUUGGUUGGGUUUGAUUACCGUUUUUGUGGUGUUGGCAUUCAUCGGAUUGGUGUGGUGUGCUAAACGGCAUUUCCCGGAAAAAAUCGAAAAAUUACUGGCCGAGGAAGCUGAUCGAAAUCGGCCGCCCGGCUCAAUACACCAUCUACAUAAUCAUCAUCAUCCAUCGCUUCGUGAGCAAUUGCAUUUCACAAUAACAAAUUCAGCGCCACAGUCCACAGCAACGACACCGGGAACGGCACGAACGCUUUUCGGCAGAUUGGGUAUACGAAAACCAUCAAUUUUGAGCCUCAGCAGCCCACAUGCACAUGCAGGAGGAGAAACCGCUCGAACAUUUUCAUUAGAUGAUCUAUUGCGACCUCCUGCACGACGUACACCAUCGCCGGCCCGAAAAAAGAGAAAUAAUUCAACACCGACCAAAACACGUGCCGCCGUUGAAAAACGACUUAUACUCGAAACGCUUAUCGCGCCCGCAACCAUUGACACAGGCAAUCGACCGAAGAGUACAUCAAACCUCAAAGCGCUCAAUUUGCCGGUAGGAUCAUCGACCGAAAUGAUACCACGUCCAAGCUCAGUGCCGCCGACACCAAGUGCAAACGAUUCCCGGUCACCGCAUGGACCAUGCUCAAAUCAGGGAAGUGAAUCGUUGUCCGGCUCCGAAUUGACCAUCAACGAUAUCGGGCUACGAAAUAUGCGACGCAUCAAACCGAAGGUGUCGAGUGCGGAUUCAAUUUUGGCAAUGUUUAGAAAUUUCACAACAUCAACCAAUGUAUUGUCGCAAAUGCCUACAUCAUUAAUUAUUUCACCAUCAACAACACCGUCGGCAUCCAGUCCACAGGACAUUGCCGAUGAUUCAUCAUCGACUAGUUCGAUGCAUACACCAAUUAGCUACACGAGCUGUGCACCCGAUUCACCAAUUUCGUAUCAUAUGCCAAGCAUUUCAAUCGAAGUUCCUGUCUUAGAUCCAUUAAAUGCUCAUAAAUCGUCUACAAGCAAUACAAACAAUAACACAUUAAAUCCGCCAACAAUUUUGCUCGAAGUACCCAGUUCAAACACAAAUAAAUGUCUAUCACCCAUUCGGGAACUACCAACGCCCAUUCCAUCACCAGCUUUAACGCCAAUCAUGUCACGACCACAAAGAUUUUCCGGCUUUUUGCAUAAUGACCGACAUUUUUCCAAUAAUUUUAGUGAUGACGAUGAAAAGCUUUCAGUUGAACGCAUCGAGAAUAAUGGCGGUUUAGUGAAAGUCAUUGUGAACGAAGAUAAUGCGAGCACAAUUGGUAUACCGAACAAACAUACACCGCCGUUGCUACGUCCAAUUCCAAAACGACCGACAGUGUCAUUGGAUACAAAUAUAUUGAUAGAUAUUGAGCCGCCAACGCCCGAACAAAGGUCGCCCAAGUCACCGAAUCGACCAAAAAAUUUAAUUAUUCCCCAGCUGGUUGUUCAGCAGGCCAGUCCUACCAGAGAGCGAAUACCAGUUAAAUUACUUGGUUCGCCGCCACCGCACCGAGCCAAUCAAGCCGACAUACAAAUUCUUGUCACCAGCGAAAGUCCGGACCAAUCAACCGAAAAAAUACCAUCGUUCAACGUAAACAAACCACCCGCAACGCUUGAGCUUCCCUUUAGUCCACCGACAAUAACAAUAAAUGCAAUCAUGACGGAAAUGGAAUCCGAUACCAACGACACCGAUACAAUGUCACCGGCAAAUAUAAAAUGUCCCACCCAAGGAUUGGGCCUACCACGCAACGAUAUGUGCUAUUUGAGUCCAUUUUCAUCGGUCAGCCGAAGUGAUCGCACGAUAUCCGAAAGCAAUCUGUCUUCAUCCGGUUACUCGUCAAUGGCCAGCCCGGCACCAUCACGCUGUGGAUCGAGUAAUCUCUAUCCGAAUGAUACCGACGAUGGCGGACCAUCGAAUGGAUCGAAUACGAAAUUCCGAAAAAAUCGAUCGAACUCAAUGCAAAACGGCAAAUCAGGCGACAAUUCGUAUGGACAUUGCUCAAGUGGUAGUGGUUCGAUCGAUCAACAUGGACGCAACAAAACGCGCUCCGAUUCCGAAACGCUGUCCGAUGAUGUACUAGUGGAGUCAAACGACGAGGGCAUCGGAACCGAUCACAUCGAAGACAAAACCGAGGCGGCCGAUUCGAAAAAUGCCAAAGAUUUGGAAAAUUUCAUCGAAAAAGAAUUGCUUGAUUCGGGAAAGAAAAUAAUGUCCGAAGAUCAACCGACCAUGUCACAGCUUCAACUGCCAACGAUUUUGAUUCAAAGUGAGGGUAACGACAAAGUAUCACCAGUUUCAUCGCGCUCAGAGAGUCCAAUUAGCGAACGAACCGGAGCCAAUCGAUUUUCACCACACUUUUACAGUCGCAAGGAACAGAUCCUUCCAUUCACAGACUCAGACGGGCUGUACGAUUUUCCCUCAUCCGAUGGCAAAGGAAAUUCGACCAAAGAACCACUUUGCAAAAAGAGCAACGCGCGUAAGCGGGAAAGAAAACUGUCAAGAGGAGCUCCAUUAGCACCGUCACCCACUAAAACCAACUCGAGUGAUCUGUUGCACAGGGAAUCAAAUCAUCUGGCCCAUCCAAAUCAACAGCCAACGCAAAACGUUCAAGUUCGGAAAAGUCCAAAGAAACGGCCGCUCAAACGAUAUACUAUUGUCAGCAGUUCAUCGUCAACCGAAAGCCUAACAUCUGAUACAAAAGCCCGAUUCGGACUUUAUUUAAAAGGAAAGUCUUUGAAACGCACUGAAAACGAUUAUGAAAAGGACACGACGAAACAGCAGGCGUUGACACAAUCGCAGCCGCAACCUCAGACGAGGACUGAGGUGGCGAUGGUCGUUAGACCGAGAAAAAUAAAUCGGCUUCGAGCGAUCGGAAAUCAAAUCAGAUUCCUGCGACGAUUGCAACACUCGCUACGAGCAAGAGCGCGAAAUCAACAGGAUUGCAUUUCAUCGCACAGUUGCACCGAUGAGGAUGACAUUGACAAUUCGAUGCCAUCGGACAGUUUGACACAGCCCCAGCGAGCGAUCAACAAAACCAUUGAAAUCGAUACCGACUCGCCGCCGUCGGCAACUCAAUCAAAAUCAACGGAAUCGUAUUCUCCACCGAAUGUUAUUCAUGCGACAAAAACCACACGAUCACUUAGUUUAAACGCAAGCCAUGGCCAUUUCACCGUACCGAAGCCAGUGCGAACGGACGCAUAUCACGACGAACCUACCAGCCACUAGAGAUGCAAAAAAAAACAAACGAAAAUGAAAGAGGUGUACAGAAAAAAUGAAAAUGAUCGAACAAGCGAGCGAGCGAGAGAUAGCGAAAGAGAGAGAGAGAAAGAGAGAGAGGGACAAACACACAUUAAGAGAUAUACAUAUAUUUAUUUUGAGAUAUAUUAUUCAGCUUUUCGCAACAGCCCAACAACGUGUUUCAGCGCUUUUAGUUACCUAAUUUUGAUUCGAGUUCUAAUCAUUUCUUAUUUAGAUAAAAGACUGACUUUGGAUUAAUCGAUCUUAUUGCAGAAAUUAUUUGGACACAAAAAGAAAAGAAAAGAAUAAGAACAACUAUGACAACUACAUAAUUUUCACAUUGAGAUCUCAACAGAAUAAAAUGAAUGAGUGUUGACAUAUAUUAAAUAACAGAAGAAAAAAACAACUAGAUUUAGUGACAUUCGAUUUAAUUAAUUUGUAUUUUACAUGAUUAAUAGCAUAGGGGUAUUGCAACGACCAUAAAAUAUAUGUAUUUCAUCAAGUUUAUCAAGCUCUUUCCAAGUUUAUGCAUAGUGUCGAACUUUUUUUUCAAGCUCUACCAUCUAAAUGUACAGUAAAAUAAUUUACGGGCACGACGUGAGAUGGCGUUUUCUCUGGUCAAAAAAGUUGCGAUAUCCCUUUGAUUAAUAGGUUAAUAAUUUUCAUUAUCGUGAUUAUGAUCUUUCAUUUAAGAGAAAAAACACACAAAAAAAGAAAAUCGCAAAAUUUUAACAUUAUGAUAAUUCAUUUGUAUUAUUCGACAUUUUAAGAACGACAAGAAAAAUAAUGCUAUUUUACUGUUUGGCUUUGUUUAUACUUGAAUACUCAUAAAAGCACAGGGAUAAUAAAAUUGCCCAUGGAAUUAUGCAUUUGCAUUAAAAGACGAAAAAAAAAAGAAAAACGAAUUAGCAAUCAGCUCAACUUUGGCUGAAUAUUUUUUCUGCGUGACAUUUUUUCGGGAUUUUACUCGAGAAAAGCGAAAUUUUUCUUUUAAUAAUAAUCACUAAAUUUCAAAUCGCUUUUUUCUAUCUCCAUUAAUCAAUUUGAUCGUUGCACCCAUGUUUUUUAAAACUAAUUUUUACAACCAAAAACAAUUAACGAAAAUCAAGUGACAUUAUUUAAAUUCAUUCAAUUGUCACUUGAUUUAUUUUGUUAUUCAACAUUUAUUUAAACUUGUAAUAUUGAAAAAGUAAAAGAAAUCAAAAAUCAAUCAACAAAAAAUGUUCAUUGUAUAUAUUUUGAAGUAUAUAUUUAAAAACAAUUUAUUUGAUUCGCUGGAUCUCCUGUAUUUUGCGUAAGAACGAACCGAGUUUGAAACUGUGAUUGAAGAUCGAAUGGAAUAACACAAGUCUAAAUAGAAGAAAACACUCACUCACACACAAGUACACAUUAAACACUCGAUAGAUAUUUUAUUGUAUUUAAACGCACGACGUUGAAUAAUUGUUGCAUUUCCCGUUUCCUGUCUGCAUGAAGCAAGAAAACUCGAUAAGGAAAAACGAAUACAUUGCGCUAUGAUUUCGAAACGGACGAACUGCCUAUGGUAUGAGCAAUUUUUUUUACUGUUUUAGACAAAUGCAAGCCUUAAGUAAAAGAAAUACAAAAAAAAUGAAACACUUAUAGCAAUAACAUACACAAUCCCCUCUUUGAGUCUUUGUGUAAAGAUUUAAAUCAAAUAAAAUUUAGAACAAACCUAUAAACUCAGUGUUGAACCGUAUUGUAUAUUGUGUUCUAUGGCAACACACGACAAAUUGCCAAAAAUCUGUUGGUUUUUUAAUCAAUUUUCUCAGUUCCUUUGUAUUUCACACUCCAUUUGAUUCCGUUCAAAUUUUAUCCUACCAUAUUUUGUGAUUUAAACAAAUAAAACACGCAAAACUACUCAUUUUCUUACUGAACAAACUACAACAAUAGAAAAAUUGCAUCGUUUAGAAUGAAAGUGACCAGUGACGAUUUUUUUUUCGGUGUCUGUACUUUGUGAUUUCAUGCUUUAAAGGUUGGGAAUUUCUGAAACGUACCUUCCUGGGAUGUUCUUCGACAUUUUUUCAAUACAAUUACCAACAAUCUUUCAAUCUCUCCUGUAAAGCACACCAUCACAAAAUACCGAAAUCAAAACAUCGCCAAAGGCUUCAAUUCACCGUUUGAAAUGGAUAAAAACCAAGAAAAACAAAAGCAAACUGGCAAGAGACGGUAUUUCAUCGAUAGAGACCAAUUCAAGCUGAUCGAGACAAACAAAAUUAUGCAAUACGGUCACAUUUUUAGACUCGUAGAGUCCACAAGCAAUAAUUUAUAAGGCUCAUUUUAUCUAGCUUAGAACAAUGAAUAAUGCAACAAAAACACAUUAAAUUGUUAGUUUGAUUAAAUAUAAUUUGGGCCAAUCGAAGAAGUGAAUCAAAACGCAAUUUUUUUCUCCCAAAUACACCGUUACGUGCACUGUAAUCACACACAAACUUACCUCUUGUACUUGUGAGAGCUUUCCUAUGGAACAAUAAACUUUAAAGUAGUUCAGAAAAAACAAACAAACAAACGAUUAAUAUGAAUGAGCCGAUCGUGAAUCAUCCUAAGCUGAUAAUUCGAUUGAUACUACAGUGACGAAGCGAUUGUUCAUAGCAAUUCUACUAAGUGCAUAUACUAUUUAUGUUAUUGCUUUCAUUCGAUUAUUAAAUUUAUGUAUAAAAGCAAAGAGAAGAACCAACAACAGCAGUUCAAAAACAGUGGCUUUUUUGCCAAUGCAGAAGCAAUGGUCAAUAGACCAGUGGUUUAGGAUCACAAUUCUCCACCCCGCCGGUUUAAAAACGUUGAUGUUCAAACGUUUCAUUGAAUCACUCGCAUGUUGAAUACUGCUUUUGUGCCAUUAGCAUCUUUAAAAGCCAAAAACAGAAACACAAAAGUAAUAUUCAACACAGACAAAAUAAAAUCAAUGAUGAACGUGAAUUUAAAAAGCGAAUAAAAAAUAACAAUUUUAACAUUAGUUUAUAAACACUAGCAAAGCAUUUUUGUAAAAAUGGUUAUUUAAUUAAAUGAAAACAAACAACAACAACAUACACACAAAUUGAUGCAGAACGUACAUUUAAAAUAUGCAUGACAAUCCUCACGUGUCUGUCCUUUUUUCCGUUGUGAAUUAUUAUAUUAUGUAUUGACAAACCAAAUGUACAUGAAAAUUUGUUGUUCUCGAUAGAUUUAUUUCUCAUUUGAAACAGAAAAAAAAACAAAAGACAUGCAAAAAAAAAACAAUUUUGUAGAUGUGAGAAAGUAUUAUCUUGAUUUUUUUCGCUCUUGACGUUUUAAUUCAUAUGAAGCAGAUGUAUUCUAAACAAACCACUCCACCACAGAAAAAAUAUUUACAAACAACAAAAAUCACACAAAUAUAAUUGAUUAAACACAAAGAAAAAUAGUUAUUCACAACAAUGUUUGGAAUGGUUUAUUCAACUGACAACAUUUUAAAUGGAGAAAAUUUAAAUCAACAACCAAAAAAAAUGAUGACAUUUUAGCUUUUUACUAAUUUUAUUGACAAUUAUUAUUGUAUGUAUGUGUUAUAUAUUAAUUCUGAUUUCAAUGGCAUGACGAAUUAUCAACGAAUAAACGUUAAAUGGAAUAAAGUUUUAUUUCAAUUCAAAAA